AGGUCCACAUGCAAACCAAAAUAACAUCGACAGUUCUAUUUCUAGCAAUAUUUCGGCAGAAAGAAAAUAGACGGAUCACUUUUUGACUGGUAAAGUAGCAGUACAAGCAAAUAUGGAUUUUUAAGACAGGAGCUCUAUUUGCGGAAUAUUCCGGAGAUAGUCGAGGUAUCACGAUUUACUGUGAAGUUCUUGAAUCAUCAGUCAUAUAUUGUAUAGCUUAUGUAAUGCAUGUCUGACCAAUCAGUGACCAGUAACUGACCACGUGGUUCUGUCGAGUGAUUAUAUGCAAACCGCGCAUUCGUAUUAAAGUCCGCGGCUGUAGAGGUCGAGUUGAUUCAUAUGGAGUAAUCGAAGUCUAGGCUUUUAAACUUUCGAGCCAGACAUAGUUCUCUGAUAGAUCAAAAUUAUGAAUACUAACGACAAGACAAUCGACAGUUCUCACUUGACCCCCGGCCUCAAAUCUCAUUCAGAAGAAAAACAGAGAAAUGAUCUUUGCAUGAACAUUGACAACCUGUCGCCCAAAACAAAAGAAAAUAUCAACUUUAUGAUAGAAAGUAUCUCAUCAGGAACAGCUCGUGUGGUUGAUCUCAAUGGCAAACCGCAUUUUGAAUAUACAGGUGUUAGCCAAUGCCAUUGGGGUGGAUCCAAUGCAAACACUCUGGCAUUGCCGAAGUCGGUAAUCUGACCUUCAUACCAAGAUUGAGGCGUGUCUCGAACUCAUGGAACACAUCAAAACAAAAAAGCAACCUUCAGGGGUUGUCGUGGAUGCGAGUUCUAUCUCCCUGUCUUCAAACAGACUUUAUCGUGAACUGAAUGAGUUUGAAAAAACGAACCAAGUGCUUGGGAAGGGAAACUCUUCACUGGGUGAUAUAAUAGUCCUCAAGGACAUAAAAACUGGCAAAGAACUUGCUCAGAAAACGAUAAUGAUCUCUGAGUUUCGUUGUGACGAGGUGCGAUGCUGGGUGGCCCUGAACGAAAGUGGCUACGUUCCACAUAUUUACAUGUUUAGAAUUGUGAACAACAGGGUGGAGAUACACAUGGAAAUACUCAAACAUGCUAAGACGUUAAACAGCAUCAUUAACGAACACAUGACAACGAUUCGACAGCCCGAGAACAUACGUCUGGUAAAACCAUUCUCAUUGUAUGUGUUGGAUGGGGCUAUAGAGGCAAUCAGCUGCAUGUACAAACACGAUUUCACGCAUAAUGAUAUGCACUCUGGGAACGUGAUGUUGGAUAGCAAGCUGAAAGUCAAGAUCAUUGAUUUCGGAACGGCGUGCAGAAUACGGGACAGUGACGCUGUGACACAGACUAAGAACGUUAAGAAGGAUAUCGGAAAUGUGCUGCGAAUUUUCAGCGGAUUGUACACCACCCAGGAGUACACGAGCGUUCAAGACCUGCAGGACACUUAUCAUGAAAUUAAACAAACUGAAGGUUACAUGGGUCUAAGUGAAGCUGAUCGGAGCGAGUUGUUUAACCUGAUUGAUGUAGCUCUAACGAUCACCCAUCCCAAUGACCUUGAGUGGUACAGGAUGAUGGUCAAAUAUAGCCUAGAGAAUGCACUGCCUGACUCUGAACUGACGGUUGAUCAGAUUAGGAUGGAUGUAGUAGCCCUUCUGUUUCCGGAGAUACUACCAAUGCCAAGUCCUAAUCUGGGUCAAGUGGGAUCAACAAACAAGGAUGAUGAUAAAGCUAAUGUCGCUGGUGGUUUAACAGCACUGUCUAAUUCUGAACUGAGGGCUGAUCCGCUGAGAGAGAAAGCAGCCGCCCUGCGGUUUCCGGAGACGUCCCAGACAGUUUACAUGAACCAAGAUGAGGAUACAGCUGGUGUCGCUGAUGGUUCAACAGCCGCGGGCGCUGCUGAUAGUGUGAUUGAGGAGCUACGAAAACAGUUUGGUAUCACUGUGGUGCAGUAAGAGUCCUGGGAGAUGCAUAGCUAAGCAUAAUGUGAUGAUGUUGAUGAUUUCAGUUAAAUUAAUUGUUAAUUAUUCUAUAACUGAUGUUUAAAGAUUUUUUGUUCAUGUCAACAAAAUUGUUUGAGGUUUUAUAAAAGUAUUCUGAAGAAUGUGUGUGAUUAAGUACAGAAUUUGAAUUGUAAGGAUGUUCCAUGAAGUUGUUUUGUUAUAACAUCUUUAUUAAAUGGACCUUUUCACGUUUUGGUUGGUUGACAAAACUUAUAAAACAGCUUUCAGAUUCGCAAAUGUUCGUUGUAGUGAUGAUAGUUGUGAGGAAACAGUUACACUGAAAUUUUAUCGUGCUCUCAUAUCUCCAUUAUAUGCAUCUUUUAACGAUUUAAAAACCUGCAAUUUAUAAAGUGUUGCAACGCGAAUCGAUUGAAUAAUUUGUGAUCCUAGCAGUAUUGCUUAUAUAAAGUAUAAAAUACAUCACUUAUUGUUUGAGAACGGAUGGUCGAGUGGUCUAAGCGUUAGAAUUUAACCCAGGUGUCAGUGGUUCGAGCCCAGUUGAGGUUUUUCUUUUUUUAAUGUAAAUCUUGUGUUUUACUGGAACUGUUUAGAUCCAAUGUUUACAUGUAUCAAUAUAACGCAUUUAAUGACAAACUUCAAUAUCUGCCAAAAUCUGUGAAAGAGUCCCUUUAAUUUGUAUUGUAGUGGUUAUAUUGCACUUUGUUCUACUCAAAGCCGUACAAAACACUCUUGUAUUUGAGUUAUUUAAAUAUGCUAAUCAGAGGUUAUAUGGUAUUUCUAACGUGCAUCAAGCAUUAAGAACUAACUAUUAUUAGGAUUUAAUGUAGCAUAUUUCUAUAACAAUAUUUUUAGUUUUUUACAUAAAUAUAAAUAGUGAUUUUAAAGUGAUCAUCAUGUGAUUCUCGGACACUUAAAAGUAACAAAAAAUGUAUAUUAUUUGAAAUUCUCAAUAAAACAUUUUGUACGUUUAUGUAGAUUUUGUUUAUGUUUGUCUCCUAUAAAAUCCAUGUGAACUUAUUUGAUAAAUUGCUUGUUUCUUGUUGCUAUUCAUUGCUUUUUCGUUCAAAAUAUCUUCAGAUUUUCGGAUUUAAAAUUCAGCUUUUAAAAUCAUUAAUGCUAUUAAUUACCUAUAGUUUUAACUAUUUUUUAGAAUAUAAUUUUAGGGUGUGAAAAUGUUACACAAACAAUUUUACAUAUAUUUUGUUGUUUUUGUCCGAUUGAUUGAAUUUGCAUUUGCGACAAGGAGAACGAUAAAAGCUGCAGAAUGAAUACUCUACCAUGAAUAAAUGGACACACAAUAAUUAAUUUGAAAAUUGAAAUUAACUUUUCUAUUGUUUGUAUACUUUAUGUGUAUCAAAUACUUUAUAUA